GAGCGCGACAGCGAGCGCGCGCUGGGGAACUUAACUCCGCGGACUUUGAUUGCACUUGUUUUUUUCCUGUUUAAUUGAGUUUUAUAGUGAAUUCGUGUCGUUUUUUUUUCACGAUAAGUGAGAAUAAAUCGCGGGAAGAACUCCGGGGGACAGGACAGGACAGGACAGGACGAGGCGCUCGCGGCCGCACCUGAGUUCCCCCAUGACACCUGUCGCAGGUGUGUUUGUGUUCAGGCGCGAGCGCAGACUGACACCUGGUGCACGAGCUGCUGCGCGCGGUAGAGCGUUAUUAUAACGUAUUUCUAACAUUAUCUAUCGUUUCAUCAUUAUUAUUAUUAUUGCUAUUAGUUUUAUAACCGUGAGAAUGAAAGUGACGGUGAACUUCGGCAGUACCGGAGUGGUGGUUCCGUGUAAGGACGACUGGAUCGUUCGGGAUCUGAUCGACCAGGCGACUCAGCGCUACAGGAGGAUCGUGGAGCAGGAUGGGGAGUUUCUGGUGCGUACACAUCAUGUGGAGUACGCUGACGGUGGGAUUCUCGACCCUGACGAUAUGCUCGCGGACCUGGUGGAGGACAAGGACAAGCUGAUAGCAGUGUAUGAGGAGAAGGAGCUCCAGUCGAGGACAUCGGUUAGCCCAGGCGGUAGUGUGGCGUCCGGAUACUCCAGUCCCUACGCCUCAGAGCCUGAGCUGGGCGUCCUGCAUCCCUCAGUGGGCACGGAGAUCGAGGUCACUUCCAGGACCCUCAAGUCCAACACGCCGCUGCUGGUCAGGUGCAGCAGUGACCUGAUGCUGUCGCGACCGAUGGACUACGGGAGUCGAGACACCGAAAACAACAACAACCGACCAACACCAACGGGAGCUGGCCAUGUGCUUACAGUGAAGAGUGUAAACAUGGAUACGCCAAAAGAUGACAUGAUGACCAACAGGAGGACCAACAACAACAACAGCAGCAGCAGACUCACCAGGACGGUGGACAUUUCCGGGAAUACGGGACCUCUAGGAAUUAAAGUCGUACCUUAUCUUUCAUCACUGAGUGGACGUUCACUGGGCCUCCAUGUAAAAGGCAUCGAGGAGAACAGUCGCACCAACAGAGAGAGACUGUUCGAGGAGGACGAGUGCAUCGUGAAGAUCAACGACGCCGAGCUCAUAGACAACUCCUUCGCUCAGUCUCAGGAGAUGUUCCGACAGGCCAUGUCGUCUCCGGUCGUGAGGUUGGAGGUUCUCCCCGUGGCCAACAAGCUCCAGUACGAGAAGAGCCUCAUCAGCCAGCUCUUCAGCGGCAUCGACCCCGCCCACUCCGCCGUCCCCAAACCCAAGAGUCCCUUUGCGCUCCGGAAAGCCGACGUUAGACCUUCUGACCCCGCCCCACCCGUGACCCCGCCUCUAAGGGAGGAUCCCAUGGUGAGACGCAGCCCCGUCGCGGCGGACCGCCGUGAGCAAACCCCGCCUCUUCUCAUCAGUGCCUCGCCCACACCCAGAAGUCGCAGCGACAGCCCCGCCUCCACAGGAAACCCCUCCCUUAUAGCGCUACCGAACGCUAAUAAGAAAAUUGCCAAGAAGAUGAUCAAUUUAACAAAAGGUCCGGACGGUCUGGGCUUCACCGUGGUGACCAGAGACAUGACCGUCCACGGGCCCGGACCCAUCCUGGUGAAGAGCAUUCUGCCCCGUGGCGCCGCCGUGAGAGACGGACGUCUCCAAUCCGGGGACCGCAUCCUGGAGGUAAACGGAGUGGACAUCAGUGGUUACAGACAGGAGGAACUGGUGGCGAUGUUACGCAGCACAAAGCAGGGAGAGACCGUCUCACUCCUAGUGACCAGACAGGAGGAACCCUUCUUACCUCGGGAACUGAAAGGAGAGCCGUCUGGUCCGACCCUGUCUGAGGAUGGCCGAGAGCACCUGGUGUACGAGAUUCCUGUAAGCGACUCGGGGUCAGCCGGACUCGGCCUCAGUCUGAAGGGCAACAAGUCCAGGGAGACGGGCGAGGACCUGGGUAUCUUCAUCAAAUCCAUCAUCAACGGAGGGGCUGCUUCUAAGGAUGGUCGUCUACGAGUGAACGACCAGCUCGUGGCCGUCAAUGGCGAAUCCCUUCUCGGCCGAUCCAACAACGAUGCCAUGGAAACCCUGAGACAUUCUAUGUCUUUGGAAGGGAAUCAUCGAGGAAACAUCCAGUUAGUUAUCCUCCGAGCAGUGGAACCACCUGCCCAGGAAAGACGACGAGACGGAGGUCAGGGCAGAGGGACAUCCCCAGCUUUUCGUGCCAGCCCCCAGAAUGAUGCCGCUCCACCACCCAUGGUCAUCAACAGCAUCUACGACCGUGCUCCAGGUCCUGUCGCAGCCUCUAAUGGGAGACCCGGGAUGUAUGACGGCGACUCUGACGAAGACAACUUCCCUUCUGGUGCUUCCGAUAUGGAGUCAGAUUACAACUCACGUCAUGGAUACGCGCGCAACAGGGCGGAACGAGGACCCGCCUCCAACAUAGGACGUCCGACAUAUAAUGACCUUUACCACCCACAGAGAUUCCCAGAGAAUUAUGCACCAAAGGCUUCUAAAAGCAUGGACCUGGUGGCAGACGAGGGUAACAUUGGGGGCAGACCAGCACAGAGACCUGCACCCUCGACAUCUCUGGGACCGACUUUAGGCCUACAAAAGUCCAGCUCUCUGGAGAGUUUGCAGACAGCCAUGGAGGAGGCGAGUAAGAGCAGCGUUCCCUUUCACCGGCCCGCCGGUCCUAUGGUACGCGGCCGUGGCUGCAACAUGAGCUUCCGGCAGGCCAUCGACAAGUCCUACGAUGGACCCUCAGAGCCUGAGGACGGUUACUCCGAUGACAGCUCGGGAAGAGACACGCCAGCCAGCGGUUCUUCGCGGCAGGAACUGGAAGACGGAGACAAAGGGAAAAAGAAGAAGACCAAAAAGAAGAAGGAAAAGAAGUCCAAGCCCAAGAAAAAAGACGAUGCCGAUGACCCGGACAAGAAGGCGAAGAAGAAGGGGUUUGGACUCCUGAGAUUUGGCAAAAAGAACAAAAGCAAAGCAAAGCUGGGCUCGCUAAGUGAAGAGGAGCUCAAUAGGAGUGAAUCAGAAAUGUUAACGGAGGCCGACACGCCCGCUCCACCACGUGGCCACCUGCCUGAUGUAGAAGACGACGAUUAUGACCCGAACUAUGCCCGCAUCAAUAACUUCAGAGACCCGCCUCCUCCUAGCCACGCCUCCUACCCAAACCGCAUGCCUUCUCCUCAUCAUGUCCCACCCACAGGCCCCGCCUACAACAUACCUAUGAACAGUGAGGACCCCCGGGAAGGGCUCUACGCCAAAGUCAACAAGAUAAAGACUCCCUCGCAGUCAGCAGCCGAGAGUAACGAGGCCCGUCUGCAGCAGAUCCGGAGUCAGCUCCAGCAUCUGAAACCGUCUCCAUCGUACCCGGAGGCAGGAGCAGGACCCCGAGUCCAGGAGUACGAUCAGUCACGGAUAAGAGGUCCUGAUUCCCGCAUGGCUCCAAGAUACGAAGACGUUGAUCGACAGUAUGCAUUUGCACCCAGACGAACAGCUGUGGAAGGCCACAGAGAAGCAGACCGUCACCAGAACCGCAGCCCCACCUACAACACAAACCAACCCACCCAGCCAGGUGCGAAUCGUGUUCCCGUAACACGAUCUGGACCCCUUAGAUACGACAUGCCCCCGUCCUCCUCUUCAGGCCAGCAGGGAGUGCCAAGCUAUGAAGCUGCCAUCAAAGCAAACAGUCGCAUGGCUGGUCCCAAUCAGUAUGGCGCGUAUGAAGAUGGGCAGUACCCGAACCAUCGGACCAAAAACUCAGCCAUCGGAGCUGUGUAGAAUAAAAUGUAGCCUAAUUUUCUAGCAAGUACCUACUGUAGCACACUAAGAUAUUAAGGGGUUUCAUGUUAAAGGGGUAAUUUUUUGCCAGGUAAACACUCCUUGACGGCAAUGUAGAAAAUUAUAUUGUGGCAGCCAUUGUAACUAAAUCUGAGUUCUAUUCUUUAAGUUCAUUCAUGUUCAAGCUAUGGUCAGGGUAGGUUUCUCAAGGGUUCUGUGAGUGAUAAUACUGUAGGUUUCUCACUUCCUAAAGUAUCUUUAGGUCUACAAGGGAAACCAACUUCAUGGUAUACACUAUGCAAAAUCAUUUAUAGCAGUUGACUCGACUUGCCUGCUAGCGGUUUCUUCAGUUCCAUCUGUAGACUCUUUAUUUUCUGGAAAAAAACAGAGUACCCCAUUUUCCAAGUACUGUAUGCACGCCAGUCCAGAAUAGGGUCACCAUUAUUACUUAAGGGCUCUUCAGUGAAAUAAUUUAGGGACCUUCUGGCUUCCAGAUGUAAUUUAAGUGUUGAACAAUGCCAGCAUAACCUUAGCGCCACAUUUCCUAAAAUGUCAUCCAUAUUUUGGAGUAGGGUAUAGUUGGCAAAAAUUCAGAAAGGAUCUGAAUGCAGGGGAUGACCUUUUUGAGGGAACCUUUUAGGAGGACUUUUUUAAUGUAGACUUUAUAAAAAAAUCUUUUGUAGCCACUCGAAUUGCACCUAAUCCACAAUCAUAUGAAUUUUAAAUGACACACUGGUAUAUAAUUACCCACAAAGAAUCUUUGAUAACCCAUUUUCCGAGGAUGUACAGUACACCAAUCCACACGUAUUCUUUACUGGUUUCCCAAAGCAACAACCUUUUGGCAUAUAGAUUGACCCUAGUGUUGAAUAAUGCUAGCAAAAUUUGGUUGCCACAUUUAGUAAAAAAUCUAUCCUUAUUUUUACCCUGGAGCAGGAAUAGGGUAUAGUUGGGCACUUGCCUAAAAGGUUCCAGAUGCAAGGGGGAACCAAAAUCUCUUGUAGCAGUCAAUUUGACUUGCAGCUCAUCUCUAGCUUAAAGUCCAUGUUUAACCACAUAAGUAUCAGAAGAAGCCUUGGGCAAAUCUUUUUCCAAGGCUGUACACCAAUUUAGAAAGUAGCUAGCUUUGUUCUUUUCUGAGAUAGAAUAACUGUCAAGCCUUUUAGAUUUAACCUAGUGUUGCAUAAUGCAGGCAUAAUCUCUGAGCUGUGUUAAACCUUGUGAUUCUUGCCGAUAUCUGGAAGUUAUUGAAUUUUAGAAGAAACAUUUUUGUCUACUUUGAAUAAUGUAAAGACAAGGUAAGUUAACCAAAUGCUGGAAGUAAAAGACAUAAAAAAACACUUUUAAUUCUUUAUAAUGUUAAUAGUUUAAAUGUUGUAAAUAUUUCUUUCUACUUCUCGUGUUAUAUACUGGAGAGAUUUACUUUUGUCCAGUCUUGGACUUUGUAGGCUUGGACUACAAAUCAGUUUGGACCUUUGUGUUGUUUUAUACGAUCCAUAUAUAAUUCCCGAUGCUGUUCGGUCUAGUUUAGCAGGAGAUAAACCGCUCGUCUGUGGUUUUCCACGGCCUUUAAUCUGUGUGGUUUCUCUCAGAGCUCCAAGCUGUGGUUUGCCACUCUGUGUUAUCUGAUAACUCGCAAGUCUCUGUUUUCUCGCCGUAUUAUCCCGAAGACUCUUCAUAGAGCAGAGCGAUACCAGAAUUUAGAUCGUUAUCAAGGAAACAAGGACAUGCUACCAACUUUCGUUGUCUUGUUUCUCACAUAGUUACACUCGAAGCUGGGAAUCUCAUUAUUUCGCCUCCCUUUAACGAAGGAAGCUUCAGGGUGAGUGCAGUGCCAAAUGAAAAAUAGGAAAUAAAAUUAAGAGGAAUGUCUUCUAAAAUUCUUUGAGGAAGUUGUUGAUUUUCUUUUUUUUUGUUUCUAUGUAAUUAUUAUUAAAUCUUUAUAGAUAAAAUGAAAUGUUGUAUUUUAUUAUUCUAAUAUGUUUUUUAAUGGUAAGAUGGAUCCUGUGCCUUUACUGUUUUUUUUUUGUUUUUUUUCUUGGUGCACAUUUUCAAAAAAAAGUAUCUUACAUUUACAUUAGCCUCAUUUAUUUUUCGGUGUUAAAAAUUUCCAAACACUGGCACAUUGUCGCAUUUUCACAUUGCACACGAAAGAAGUAUAGAAUUUCUGAAACGGAAUGGAAGGUACUUUUGCAUUCUGCUUUUCUUUUCAUAUAUUUAUUCUAAAGGUUUAUUAUAAUUUUUUUUUGUUGUUGAAAGAACAAAUUGAAGAGUUAUGAUGGUUAAACAUGCGUAAGUGUGUUUCAUCCAGAAGAAUAAACAGAUUAUUUAGAUGUGUUAAUAUAUUAAGAAAUCAAUGUGUUGAUUGUUAUUCUAUGUUUUUAACCAUGUUUUGCAUUAAAUUAAA